CAGCUGCACAUAUUACUGUAGACUGUACAGCUACUUACUGUACAUAGAUCGGUCCUGCCACGUUGGCACGUGGGUUUAGAAAUCGGCCAAGAUGAGCGGUCAUCAUACGCUUCCAAGUACCAAGCAGCUUACCACCCGCAUGGCCUCCAGCGGCCGCAAUAUCCCUGCGAAGGCGCAGACCAUGCAGAAUUUGCAGCUUCUGUUGGCCGCCGCCAAAAAGAACAAACCGGUGACACGGGUCGAGAAUGCUCGCAUGUUGAGAGCGAAGUUCACGGAGCUGCAGGAUUCUCCUGAUGGAGCGGAUUUAGAUCCUCUGACAGUUCCAAAAUGUGUAGAGUGCAACCACUGCGGUUGGCCAGUGUAUCCUCGAGAGUCCAAGGUGGCUACGAAGAAGACUUUUGCAAGAGCUGGGAUAGACAGAGGGUCCAAGAAAGAGGAAGAGGCGAAGCGGCGAGCAGCCAUCCAGGCGGCGUUGGACGCUGGAGAGGAGAUUCCUGAAGAUCUUCUGAAAGGAGAAACUCAAGGGCCAGCUGCCAGCGAGGCAGACAGCAGAGAUACCGUGGAGCGGCAGGCAGACCAGCUUCAGGAGCUGGAAGACAGAAAUCAAGAGCUUGAAAAGCGGCUGGAGGAUAUGGAGAAUCAGUCUAGAACACUCGUGGACGAGCGUGAUAGGCUCCAAGAGGAGUUGGAUGAUGCUACUGACAGGAUCGAGUACAUGGAGGAGGCAGAACAAAGGUGGAGAGAUAAGGUCUCAAAGGCCAGGAUAGAGAACGACAGGCUGCUCCAGGAGCUAGAGCGUUCGAGCUUUGUAAGCUCUGACCGCGAAGGUGGUCUUAUUGCUUCACUCCUGGAUGCUAGACAGCUCAGAGAGGUGAUUGCAGUGCUGAAGCGGCGGAGACUACUGAUGCUUACCAAGAUGCAACAAGAGCUACGAAAGAGACAAGAAGAAGGUGAAGUGAAGACAGCAUUGGACUCCUGGAAGCUUGAAAUAACAAAGGAAGUGUACGAGAAGAAAUUGGACGCUUUGGAAGCUCGACGGCGAAAGGAGGUUGGGGAGCUAGAAGUGCUGCUUGCAGCAGAUAGGGCACACAUUGCUAGACUUCAGGCUCAGGUGGAGCAGCUUCGUGGAAAGAUCAAAAAAGCGGCACAGCACUUUCUGGAGCGUACGCUCAGUACCAACACCUUUCCCUGGGCGCAUGGUCAUGCGUUGCGAGCGUGGUGUGGAAUCCACCCGAGCUUGGUGCUGGAGAAUGAAUUGGAGCGAACAAGGAAGAAGCUCAAGGAGACUGAGGAAGCGCUGGUUGAAGCCACAGAGCGCCGAGAUACUCUUCAAGUGGAGCUUGAUCAAGUUGUGGCAGAGCGGGAUGACUUGAGACAGAGGAUUGAUUCCGCGCUUGCGGAGCUCGAGUACAUCAAGGAGGAAGCAGGUCUUGAUGAAGAAUCAAUUGCCAGAAGAAAGGCAGCUCAAAAGGCUCAUGAGGAUGAGUGGCACCGUAGACUCAAAGAGGUCCAGGACAAGCUGGAUGAGCUACAAGAGAAAUACGACAAUGAGACGGAAGUUCUUCAAAAGCAACUCAAGGCGAUACAGUCAAAGCUUGCCAUCACACAAGAUGCAUUGAAUGCGACCUCAGCACGCCCUGGCAGUGGGUCAGACCCAGAUGCCUUCAGAGUGGUUCCGAAUGGGCAGGGUAUUUUAUGCUGCGGCUGUCUCAAGCAGAUUGUUCUGCGGGAUGUGACGCCAUUGCCCCCGAAACGCGCGAUGAGUGUAUCCACUCCAGACCUCGAGACGGCACGGCGGGCGUUUUUCAAGAAGGGCCUUGGUGGUCGACUGCAGCAAGAUGACAAGUUUCAAAAUAUGCUCUGGAACGAUGCAAAGGAUCCGUAUCGACUUUCCAAGCUUGUUGAAGAGCCGGAGUUCCAGGUCAUUCGAGAGCCAUCUAGCCCGAAGCCCGAUUCUUCACCACGUCCAGGUCUGCCCAAGCUGAAGUCAAACUCCGGACUGGUAUCAUUGAAGAGCUCGAUGCGGGAUUUCAGGCCGAGAUGCUUCAGAUAGCACACGUUCCACAUUGGCAGGGGCACCGCCAGUCGGCAGAAAAAUGAAGGGACUGGAAACAACGCAAAUUGAGGGUGCUUCAAAACCCGCAGACCUGAUACAUCACGUGGAUUUUGAUGAUGUCUUUAAGCAUAUUUGCAUUGUUUUCAAGGAGUCCUACCAUUGCUAAGGAGUGCUAAACUACUGGCACUCUUCCCGUCUGGCUUCACUCAGCUAGACGUGUGCAGUCCUCAUCCUUCCUUCAAGAGGAAGAGUAUGUAAAGGCUGGACACAUACUUCAGGCCACAGAAUCUUGCGAAGCGGCGAAGGCAUCAACUUUAAAUCGUUUUGCCGCUACGCUGUUGCUCC